GUCGACCUUUCUGACGUAAUUUGGUAGAUUAACAAUGAUCAGAAAAUUCAGUUUAAUUUUUUUCCCAAUUUUACUCUCAGCCCAUGUUUUUACUAAUGAUGGAAUUCGAUACAAUCAUAUUACAUAAAACCUAACAAUUCUUCAGAAAAUUGGAAGCAAUAAAACUUUACAGCAAGAACUAUCCAUUCUCAGUACCAGAUUGGUUUUCAUCAAGAAUUAGGGAAAGGAGACAUCGUAUGAUUCAGAGAAGAAUAGCAGUUCGUGAAGAACAUGCACCGAAAGUCUGCUUUGAACUCGUGGGAUGUUUCGUCGACCCACCCCAACAUUUGACUCUGAAACGACCACCCCAACAUCCGAAUGAAAUAAAGACUCGAUUUUUAUUAUACACUCGUAAACAACGCGAAGUUCCAGACGUCAUAUAUUAUGGAGACAAUUCCCUAUCUAUUGAAAAAUCCGGCUUUAAUUCCAGUAAAGCACUCAAGGUUGUCGUUCACGGUUACAAAGGAAGUGGCACUGAUUUAGGUGCUAUAAAUGGAGCACUAAAACUUCUCGAUGUGGAAGACGCGAAUGUAAUGCUUCUAGAUUGGACAAGAGGAGCCGGAACUUCCUACAGUGCAGCAGUAGCUAAUACAGAACUAGUUGGUCGUCAACUCUCCCUGGUUUUACUAGACGCCAUAAAAUUGGGGACAAGUCCUAAAAACAUCCACAUAAUCGGGUUCAGCUUAGGAGCUCACGUAGCCGGCUGUGCUUCAGAAGUUUUGAAAAAACGGAAGUACUUGAUUGGUCGAAUUACAGGAUUAGAUCCUGCCUCUCCAUUUUUCAGACAUCACCUCUUCAGGGAAAGGUCCAGAAAACUGGAUGCAUCAGAUGCAAAUUUGGUCGAUGUAAUUCACACUGAUGGUUCCGAUGAUUUUUCUGAUGGAUUUGGUCUCUUGAAACCUAUUGGUCACAUUGAUUUCUUCCCUAAUGGUGGCAGGGAACAACCUGGAUGUAGUGAUGUAAAAAAUGCUGUUGUUGUUAGUCAUCUCAAUGAUGACUAUCUGGAUAGAAGCAUUGCCUGCAGUCACUUACGAGCCUGGCAGCUUUUUGUGGACACCAUUGAGAGUCAAGACGGCGAAUGCAAAUUCCAAGCCUGGCCUUGCAGUGUUGGAGGAGCCUCAUUUAAUUUGGGAAAUUGUUUUCCACCGGUAGGCACGAAAUGGUACCAGGAAAUGGGAUAUGCUGCCAAUCGAGGUCCUUUGGGUAUCUAUUACUUGGCCACGAGGGAUAAAGCACCAUUUUGUGGUGAACCGUUCCGAGCCAUGGUUGAGACGACUAAGGAAGCUCCAAGGACUAGAGGGAUGCUUUUCUUGAGGAUAAAUCAUGGCAAUUCUACGACUCUCUUCAAGAUUCCAUGCUACCUAUUUAGUAGAAAGGUGGAACCAUUCAUCUUCUACAACAUUGCAGCAACCGAGUAUCGUGCGAUUACUGAAAAUACUAAAAAAAUUAGAGGCAAUGUUUGGUAUCGCGCUGCUAUAAAUGAAGCUGAGAAUAAUAAUACCACAGUUGAACCUAUUGGGACAACAUUGUACUUAAACAAACUUAUUAUUGAAGACCGAAAAGGCAAUAGGUGGACAUUUUGCCAAAGCAAGACUGCUGUAGACUACUUAGAAGAAGAGCUGAUUUUACAAAAUGGGAUUUGUAUUCAAUGAAGAAAUAAAUAGGCGGUUUUACAUUACCAGGAGAAAUAAACAAUUCAAUAAAUAUAAUUCAAGAUGAAAAUGAUCAUUCUUGUAAGUUUUCAAGAAAUAUUUACUGUCCGUAAAGUUUAUUAUACUUGUUUGUUAAAUAUUUUGAAAA